AUGCUACUUCCGCCCUCACCCGCCUUCUCGCGCGCGCGAGCUGAGUCCUUCAGCAUUCGGCCAGCACUCGCGGUGCUUCAGAACACCUUUGGGGGACGCAAAAGAGCUACAUCAGUAUCGGAGAACGCAUCUCAGCACUCCAAGACACGUUCUCCAGUCUUUCCUCGCUUUCCUGGAUUGGAUCCACGUCCCCGUACCACGAGUACCGCUACUGUGAUGCCUCCUAGUGCGAAGUCCAUUCCUCGCUCACAGUGCCGGUUAUCGACUCGAUGUCCCGAGCUCCUCGUAUACCCUCCUUCCACAAGCACUAUACGCGCACAAGAGGAGUCUGCAAAUAACUUGCUUGUUCACGGCAAUCACGCAUGUGUGGAUCCUGACAGGGAAACGGCGCUCCUACUCGACGAUCCAGAAGGUGGCUCGACCAAUGCCAGAUCAGGCUCAAUUUCGUCAUCAACACGCGUGGGCGACGGUCUCACGCAUCUGAUGGAACAGCCAAUAAUAUCGGCACCGAGGGUUGGCGCUGGUACCAGCGGGAAUAUUGAUGGACGAAGUUUGGAUACCGACAUUGAGAGACACCCUGAGCCGCUUAGUUUAGACUUGUCGUCUCUCACACAGCCGAGCAUGCAGUCGGCCAGCACGUUGCAUGGCGCGCACGCUGACCCUUCUCACGCUGCACAAGGCGAAAAUUUGUAUUUGGAAGGAACAUCUACGACAGGGGUUACAAUUCCCUCUCCCGCAGCCUCCUCUAUUUCCUCAGCUGUGGUCUCGCCCACCGGAACGGCCGGUGUUGUUUCACCCACCCACUCUGUUGUAUCGCUCGUCCGCGAUCACUCGUUCGUUACCGUAUCGUCCGCUCGUUCUGCCGUUGCCGUCUCUCCUACUAGGUCGAUGAUUUUAUCUUCUCAGAUAGGAUCUCUGCCUAGCUCACCAGUUGCUAUGUCAACAUCUCUUGCCCCCUAUAGCUCACCCAACUCCAUUUCGCCAUCCCACCCAGCUAUGAUUUCCGUUCCAUUCCCUGCAUCCGAAGAUAACGACUAUACGAGCGACGAUGGGUCGGCAUCCCGCUAUCCAUACCCUCUUCGCGGCGAAGGUUACUCUUAUUCCCGAUCAGAUGCAGGCGGCUAUGACACACCCACGCUUUAUACUGGUACCACAGAUACAUCUCCGAGUUUGAGCGUUACUCGUAUCGGAACAAGCGAGCCGCCUCCAGCACUAAGACUUGGACCGGGAAUUGGGUUUGCAGGAGUGGGAACAUAUGCUAGUGGGACAAACGUUCAGACCGGCAUACUUUCGCUUGGUGAUAACAAUGGAGCUGUGGAGGGUGUUGUUGGAUCAAGGUCUGGUUUGGGAAUGGGUGCGCGGCCUCUAACCACAGAUAGCGGCGUGAGUGGAGUUGACAGGGAAAAGGAUUACCCCAGGGAGGGAAAUGGGGCAAUCAGUCCAGUUUCGCACUUGAAUGUCUACCAAGAAGGAUCAAGUCGCAGUAUCUAUGCCGAAAGUUCUAGCCCUAGCUUCCGCGCAGAAAGUUCUACAAGCCGUAGCUUCCAGGCAGAGUGCUCCGAUCAGAGCGUUCACGCUGAAAGCUCUAGUGUCGCAUCGGGUAUUCGAGCUCGCGUGACCAGUUUGCGUGCACCACAAGCAUUGGCCGCACUCAUUCCUGCUUUCAUGAAGCGCGCUCGGAGGAAGUCGAGCCGAAUGAGAGAUGACGGGGUAGCACCAAGACUGAGAGGAAGAACUGCGAGUAAUGCCAAGGAGGCCGAGGGAUGGGUGGAAGGCGCCGAGAGACCAGGCAGGGUUGGUUCUAGCUGCGCGCUGACCGAGUCGAGUAGUAUCCAUAGCCCGUAUCUCGCCAGCGGCGACGAACACAACAUUAGUCCCUCAAGCAGCCACCUUGACCUUCUCUCUCCCGAUCCGUUCGCUAGUACAAUGGCCCUCAAGGUCGGAGCAUGGAGCGAGAUGUAUGCCGGAAGAACGGAUUCUGUUAUUUCCUCUUCGUUACCACCCCUCCUGAACUCGGUGGAUGAUCGACUAAACGUACAAAGCGAAUACUCUGGCAGUAUAUACGGGGACGAUGACUCGGAAGAAGAAUCUAGUAUACGCAUAUAUUCACAUAGCCGGGGCCGAUCCUUGUCUCAACCCGAUGUUUACACCAUCCCAAUAGAACCACUCCAUCAAGCGGCUCCUACACGUCGUAUAGGAAGGUCGCUGGAUCGUCGUCGAGGACCCGGAAAUCGUCGAGGAGCCACUCUCCCUGCUCGCCCCAGCUUACCUUCGCUCUCUACCCUUACUCGGAAGAACGUCAUUGUUCCUAUACCGCGCUCAGCUGCAGCUGCACGAUUUCCUUCAGAGCCGUGGGAUGACAUUCCAAGCCGUACACUCUAUAGCCCUGCUACUCGCGGCCUAGGCUCGUUGAUCAUCCCUUCUCGCCCAUCUCACUCCCCUGUCCGCGGCUCUCCGUUCCCAAGGUCUCCUAUGCGGAGCCUGGUAAGGAUGGCAAGUGAGAGCUCUAUUGCCGAAGAUGAAGAUGAGGAUGAGGGAGAUGAAGAUGAGAAUGAGAAUGAGGAAGAUGAAGAUGAAAACGAAGACGUGGAUGAGGGCGAAGAAUCCGCCGGUCGGGUUUUAUCUGGUAGCGAGGAUCAAAAAGUCUGGUGGUCCAGUCCGCCCUCGCGAGUUGGCUCGUCUCGAAAGAGUUCGUUCGUAGGCUCUUAUGACGAUCCAACUAUAUCCUUGACAGCUCCAACGGACCCAAUUGUUCGCGCCAGCGUGGCGUCGACGAUUCAACCCCGGGAGAGCAUUGUUUCCCAGGUCAGUGAGGGGUUGUCAGCCUCUGUUCGGGACAGCAUGGUUUCAUCCACUUCGCACGAGGAGAUCGAUGUAUCGUCCGAAUCGUUCUUGCAAACGCUAAACGAGCUCGAUACAGCAGUCACGCCCCCGCCUUCGAGUCGUACAUCAUCCGACCGUAGUAUGGACACCACUUCAUCCGAGCCCAUGUUAAACGAGGCCCCCGCAGGUGUCGGUCCACGCAAUCAGAUGGGAUCAGAUGGAAUCCAAGGCGGUGCCGAAGGAGAUUAUCAGAAGCAAGGUGUUAGUUACGAGUGGCAAAGUGGACAGAGCAAGGUUAAUUUUGGAGGAAACGAAGGGGACGGUCACUGCCAACAAGCGCCCGAAGAUUCGGAUUCAUCCGAGACUGGCUCCGAGUCCGAGUCUGAAUCCGGACAACGACCCUGGCGUGGCCGUGACACCCACCCUGGGCCAAGCUUUCCUACUCACUCUCGCUCUCAAUUCAUGCCACGUCCACCAUCGUCCAACUCUCGCACCAUGAACAGAGAAAUUGCAACUCCCUACGAUAGCUCCGACGAUGAAAUACCCCUUGCUCAACGUCUGCCUACUGCGCUCAAGGCCCAGAAGUCGAUCAGGCUCCAAGAUAAAGCGGAUCGUGAAGAGCGAAGACAGAGACGACUUGAACGUAUGAACAAGCGCGCUGCAGAACGCGCUACAGCCACUGGAGGUGAAGGCGGCGUAGUUGCUGGCGAAUUGGCAAAACGCCUCCUGAAUGUUCAGGUUGGUGGUGAGCACUCACGCGACCGUGUUCCGCUCCCUUCCCCGCGCUCGCCCAGGCAGAUGCAAUCCGAAACGAACUUGGGUCCCGGAAGUCUGUUGCCUGCUCCUGGUGUGCGAUCGCGUACUACCUCGAAUGUUUCCUACGUCAGUCGUUCGAGGACGCAUACCCGAAAUGGAUCCAUGGAGCAACAAGCGCCACUUAACCCCCCUCCUGGCCCCACUUCCCUGUCACGCUCCGCGACGUUGUCCAACCGCCGCCCCUCCGCCCCCGAUAUCGCACCACCUGUGCCAACCUCCAAGGCCGCUCUUUCGCGCAGCGGCACUAUAUCCAGGCCUAGAGGUUCACAAGACAAUCCCCGUGACCAUGGAGCCAAGGGCUUGUCACGUAACGGCACUUUGUCUCGGCACCGUGGUGGUAGCAAGACCGAUGACGAAGGGGAAAGUUCGCGUGUGGCGCGUUCUCGCUCUAUGCGAGACCCAUCCAGUGCCCGUCCCCCAAUGCCGCCGAUGCCUCCUGUGGAAACUCUGCCAGUCCCAGGUCGAAGGCCCUCUCAACCAGAACCUUAUGUUCCUCCGGUCGUUGAACAGCGAAUUUACAUUGGAGACCGCCAGCGGUUCAUCGUGGUUGAUAUUGGAGCGCCCAAUACAACGGCUGCGGAUGUCCUCGAUAUGGCCAGGCAACGUGGGGAACUCGACAUCGAUGAAACUGGGUCAUGGCAACUUUGGGAGCAGUCAAAUGAAUGUGGUAUGGAGCGACCUGUGCGCGAUUUUGAGCUCAUCACCGACGUGCUUAAAGCUUGGAACCCGGAGAAACGUGUCAACGUGCUCAUUAUCAGAUUUUCGUCUUUUUGUUCGCUCCUAAAACCAGAGAAUAUUCCUUCUAGCUCUCCCUUAAUGGCUGGCUGGGUGAUGUGGAUCUCUCGGCCUGGAAAAUGGAGUAAGCGGUGGCUCGAGCUCAGGGAGCAUGGUCUCUUUGCUUGUAAGAACGAAAAGGGUAAAGACAGGACACAUCUUUGCAGCCUUUCUCAUUUCGACGGAUACAUCGUUACCCACGUACCUCGCGCUCCCAAGCCAUACGUCUUUGCUGUCAAGUCGAUUGACAUAAGUGGCGUAUUCGAGAAAGAAGAGGAUAGCUCCCACAUCUUCUCUUGUGAUAAGAAUAGUGGAGAACUAUGGCUCGCUAGGAUCUUGUUGGCUCGAUCUUAUAUACUUCAGCAAGAACGCACUGUUCUCUUUAGACCUGUCAAUGCUGGCACCACCCUUACUUCUUCAAAGUCAAUGUUAUCACGAUCUGGUACCAAGAAAAACAAUGUAUCAUCUAGAGCUGCCGGACCCCAAUAUCCUCCUCCACUUGUUCAAGAUUCCACCCCAAGCCCGUUUGCUCAAGGCUCGCUUCUAGCCAAGGCCGCAGCAAAUGGAGUUUGA